CAAACAAAACGUUUUCUCUACGACGACGCAAAACGCUGUCGUCGAAGAGCCGCUUUCCAUUAAUCUGCAGAAUUCAACGAUUCAGAAGUAAAGAAUCAAGGAGAUUCAGACAGUCUCAGGCGGAGGAGAGCUAUGGAAGACAUAUGGAAGAGAGCCAAGAUCUUCGCAGAAGAAGCGGCGAAGAGAUCCCAGACUAUCACCAACUCGGUCUCCAUCUCCGACCUGGUCUCCGAGACCGCCAAGAAAUCCAAGGAGCUCGCUGCCGAGGCCUCGAAGAAGGCCGAUCAGAUCAAGACUGCCGCGCUCAAGCAGGCCGAUCAGAUCCAGAUCAAAUCCAUCUCACUCUCCCUACCCGACAUCAUCCCCCCUCAGCUCUCGUCGCUCUCUGUCGCCAGUUCAUCAGCCCCCGCCGCGGACUCCCAGUCGGAGCUACAAAAGUUCGGGGUCACCGACGAUCUACGUGAGUUCGUUAAAGGACUCACCGCUAUUACAUUCCGGAAUUUCCCAAUGCAAGAUGCUGAAGAAGCAGAGGCGUCUGAUGUGGCUACGACAGCUUCGAAUGUGAGGAAAGAUCUGUCGGAGUGGCAGGAGAAGCAUGCCACUGUGGUUCUCACCACUGUCAAGGAAAUUUCAAGAUUAAGGUAUGAAUUAUGCCCCCGUGUUAUGAGAGAAAGAAGAUUCUGGAGAAUAUAUUUCACACUUGUGAGCAGCCAUGUGGCUCCGAAAACAGCACAUACUUUCACUCAAUGCUUACAAACUAUCAGGUAUGAGAAGCAAUACAUGGAGGAGUUGAAGCUCAAAGCAGCAGAGGAUGUUAAAGAUGAUAAGUUAAAGAAAACUUCUGAAGAAAAAGAGAAAGCAGAAGGGAUUGAGAACUCCUCUAAGGGUAAAACUUCCAAGUCAUCAUCAACUGAGCAGGACUUGGACACGUUUCUUCUGGGAGAUCUUGAAGACAGUGAUGGGGGUCCGGAUGAGGGUGAGGAAGGGAGCUUCGAUGAUGAUUUUGACAAGAUUGGAAAUUCGGACGUUGAAGAUGAGAACCUUGUGAAGAAAUAGGCAAUUGCAAAAGGUUAGAGCACUGCCAGUUGCAGGGGAAAUAUGCAGUAAGUGGCAAGAGUUUUUCUGUAACUAAUAAUAACGCGGUGAAGGGAAAGGAAUUGAGGAUGAGCAGUAGGUGCUAAAUGUCAAAUUUGAUGUUGCGACUUCUUGGGAGGUGCAGUGGCUAUAUGGUUGGGCAAAUUUGAAUUACAAGUUAUCUCUGUUCACUUAUUUGUUUUAGUGCAAUCUAGAUGGUGGCAAGCUAGUGCAAAAAUUUGGGGACGCUGGACCUUUACUUGCCUUGUACAGAUUAUUUAAUUCCGUUGAUUCAUAUAUGGUUCAUAUAAUGUUAAAAUCCAGUUAAAUGUUA